AUGCCACGAAAAUCAAUUCGCCCCAAGGUCCGGAAAGAGAUGACACAGAUGAAAUUUAUAAAAGCAAGGCUUAUGGAAAUUACUUUGAAGGUAGACAAUUAUAUUUACAAAGAUAAGCCUAUAUCAAAAAGGCAAGCGAAAACUUAUUUAGAAGAAAUAUCCUCCUUUAUUACUCGAUGUAAUAAUGAUAUUGGUUAUCUUCAGGUAAUUGAGAAAUUGACAAAAUAUAUGAACUUCAUAAUCUCAAGCGAAACAACCAAGGCUAAGGUUAGUAAAGCAACAAACCAAGACAAAAUAGCAGUAUUAGCAACAAACACUGGCAGUUCCUUGUCCCCUGUGAGUUCCACGCCUGUAAAUGACAAGAUUCAAAAUCAACAUAAUACAGACGAAAUAUCAGAGAGCAAUGGUAACUGUGAUUCAAACAAUAACAACACAAAUUGUCAAGAAGAUGAACAAAAUGCAAGAAACAAAACUGCAGAGAUAGAAAAACCCAGACCAGAAGUUUCAACUAUCGAUAACUUAAUCAGUAAGAGUUUAGAUCACUUACAAGCUUCACAAAACAUUCUAGAGAACUACAUCCAUGCUGAAAGUAUUGAUAAUGCCGAUGCCUUAGAAACCAACAGCGUUUUUUCAAAAGGGGAAUGCCAAAACGUAAAUGCAAAUGUAGUAUCCAAUUAUAUCAAUAAAAAUGUUGGAAAUAUAAUUCAAGAUAUCGCCAGUUUGAAAUUGACUGAGAAAUCUGUUAAUAACAAUAAUAGACAAGGUACUAACGAAGAAAUACUAAAAACAGAUGCAUUAAGCAAAGAAAAAUCAGCUUUAAAUGCAGUUACACUUAACACUACGUACCAUAAAAUUCAAAUUAAUACACAUGAAAAAAUAGAUGAGAAAACAAAAACGGUUAACACGCAGCCUUCGCAGUUAACUGAUGUGAUUAACGUUAAUGUAUUAACUGAUGGUGUAAAUAAAAAGAAAGUAACAUUUGAUAAUAUUUGUAAUGAAAUACCAACACAAAACGUAACAUCACUGAUAAAUAUGCAUAAUGGCGUAGAAGGAAACGGAAAACUUCCUAGCUCUAGAAUAAAAAAAAUAGAAAACGGUGUUAAACCCAGUUAUCAAAACCCUCAAAAGAAAGCGCGUUCAACAAUAAAACGACAAAAAAAGGAAACAUCAAAUUGUAAAGUUGAAAAGAAGACCAAAAGAAACACAAAUAGAAAAAAAAUAAUCACAGCUUGUGAAGAUAAAUCUGCUGAAAAUUCUAACAAAAUAUCAUUAAACACAAGCAGUAGUUUACAUCCUGCCCUAAAUACAAUCAAUGAAAAAAUCGAAGAUGAUUUGUCUUGGUUAGAUCAAAUUAAAUACGUACGGGAAGUAGACGCACGAGAAUAUUGUACAGUUGUAAAAGGUUUAGACGACAACUUUUGGGAAAAUGAAACUGUACCUAAUUGCGACGAUGAAGAAUUUAAGGUCUAA